UGUUUGAACUACAUACCUACGUAUUUUUUGUUAUUUCUACGUAUGGUAGGCUACAUUUAUGUAUACACAAUGAUCAUUAGUCAACAACAUUUUCAAGUGAAAUAUCGUGAGGCGAGGUUCGAAGUAUCUAUUCCAGGCUGUUAAAUAAUUGGUUCACUUGAAGUUAAUCUACCGCUCUGAAAAUGGCUGAAACCACUUCUGAGGUGUGUGAUAUCUUUCAAACGAAUCCCCCAACGCUGCGAGAAUUGGCAGCGAUCGCUAUUAAUCUGCAAAUAUGGCGUGAUGAAUUGCAGAGAUUACGUACAAGCGAUACCUGGGAGCAGUUUGAUCCACACGAACAUGUUAAAAAUAUUUUAUUGGAAACUCACUUGCCUGAUUUACAAUCUGGUAUUUACCGCAUGCUUAAAAAAUAUGUCAAGGUAUUUGGCUAUUCAUUGAGAUGGUGGGCAAAAACUCAUCAUGGAAGAAUAUUUCGUUUCUUUUGUAACCACCAGUCUUACUUAGAUGUGUUAGAACGCUUUGAUGAUUUUAUAUGCGAUUUCGACGGUAGGAUACAUGAAGAUUGGACAGCCAAGCGCAUGAUGCAAUGUCCAAGAUUUGAUGUUAGUGAAAGGUUCUCCAUUGCUUGCAUGCAUUUUUUCGAAGAUGACAUCAAAGAACUGUGGCCACUUGUAUCAGAAAAUGAGCAGAGCUAUAACGUCACAUUUAAUGAUAGCCCGCAACUAUGUUACUGGAUUUAUCGUCUUAGAAAUACAUUGGAUAUGAUACAAAACAGCAGGAAUGAUUCUGUUGAUGAAAUAAUGAUUCAAAAGUGCAUAAUUCAUAGAGCAGCGGUAAAAUAUUUUUGGAAUCGUAUGCCUUUGGAAAAUCGAGUGAGGACAGCCAUCACCCAGUGUGACUAUGAGGAUAUAGACGAGUACUUCAUGAAUUUUAUUUUGCCAAAAUUGUAUGAUCAACAGCUCGCACAAGUUGUCAGAGAGGAAGGCAGUAAGAUUAUGCAUAGCAUGUUGAGAGACGGUCAUCGUUACAAGGAAGAGUUCGUUUUAAGGGCUUGGAUGCACAUUAAAAAUGUUAUGAGCGAACGUGAUUUUGCCAAUCUCGUUGCGAAAAUGUUGCUAACUCAGGGUAUCUGCAAAAAAUUGGAUUAUGAGUUUGAACGCGAUCCCGACAGCUUGGUGUAUUUGUGUCGUGAAAUAUGGAACAGUGCUCCUAAUGAUUUAAAACGAUCUUCAACCAGAGUCAUUUUAUCUGACAGCAGGUUAUUCAAAAAAAGAUGUUCUAUUAUUCACGAUUUUCAAUUGUAUUCGAACGACUUCGAGUUCCUAUUCACGAUUUUGUCCGAUGCAAGCUUCAAAGAAAGAAGCUCAUUCUGGCAUAACUGCUGGCAUAAUUUGAUUUUGGAGUUUCGAAGCAAACAUUUGCAACAAAUGAUGAAACUUUGCUUUAAAUAUGAUCGCGAGAUCAUUCAAUUUAAAGAAGAAGUCAUCGCAACGAAUGCAAAAGUACAUCAAUUCUGUGUUUCAUUAUUGCAUUGUUCACAUUUUGGUAAAUUAAAUAAAUUUAUAGAUUUUUUGUGGUCUGACAUACAAGCAGCGAGAAAUUUCAAACAGCAAAUACUCCUGUUAGCUUUUUUCACCAAAGAUUGUUACUUUAAUCGUAUAAUUGUCCGAAAUCCGAAAUACUUUAACGAAUUCGUCAACGAUGCAUAUAACAACGUUGAUCUAUCCAAUGACUUUAAAAAUCAACUCAUGUUGUCUCCUUCGGUACAAUCUUGUUUGUCAAACUAUGCUCGUUCAUUUUGCUGUCUGGAUGAAAUAAUGGACUUCAUCGACACUUUGGUUUUGAGAGAAGAGACUCUAGUGCAGAUCAAAAUGAGCAUGAUAGAUUCCUUAAAAGGGCGUUUGUCUUCAGUUGAAAUGAGUCCACGCGAUUUACGUUUGUUGGAGCAAUCGAAUCAAUUUUUAUUGUGGUGUUUGGGGAGUGAGGAGGAAGUUACGAAAUUCAAGCUGAACUUAAAUCCGUAAUUUAGCAUACCAUAGUAAACCUAUAUCACAAGUAAUUUAUGUCAGAUAACUUUGCUUGAUAGAAUUCAAACUAAUGUGACAUAGUCUAAGCGGUUCGGUUUAGGUAUAUGUAGGUUUAAAAAUUAAUUAUAAACUCGCAAGAUUUCAUUCAUCAUCUCAUCUCAUUCAUCAGUAUCUUCUAAGAUCAGAACUCAUUCGCGUUUUAUUUUUCAAAACUGACAAGGAAACCUCUUGAGGUGUCCGCCUCCGAUUUGAACGGGACCACGAUUUUUGGAAAGAGCAUGUUCUGAACCCCCCAAAACCAAAUUUUCAGCAGCCCAAGUUCAUUUUUCGAUUUUUGGCGAAUUUUUGAAAUUCCAAAAUUGACUGUUUUUGGCGAUUUAUGCAUUUUUUUAAAAAGUACGUACUUGAUCAGUAAAAAUGAUCAAAAUAAAUCCCAAAACUAAUAUUAAUUACCCAAAUCCAAAUUUCACCAUUUCCAGCCAUUCUGGAGCCUCCAGCGCGAUUUUCAAUUUUUCCAGAAUUUUGAAUUUGCUCCAGAAGGCAUGAAUAAGUAUGUAGUUGGGCAGCUAAAAAUCGAGUUGUGUAUUAUACUCGACCUGUUUAACGAGUUUAUCUACAUUUGAGCCGAUUUUCGGAGGAAGACUCCAAGAGUGGUUUUUGACCAGUUUUGAAAAUAGAUAGUCAAAAACCACUCUUGAAGUCUUCCUCCGAAAAUCGGCUCAAAUGUGUAUAAACUUGUUAAACAGAUCGAGUAUAACACACAACUCGAUUUUUAGCUGCCCAAUUUCAUAUUCACGCCUUCUGGAGCAAAUUAAAAAUUCUGGAGAAAUUUAAAAAUUGCGCUGGAGGCUCCAGAAUGGCUGGAAAUGGCGGAAUUCGGCCUCGGGGGCUUUGUUAUAGACAAAAUACAGAGAUUCGCGCAAAUUUCAAAAAUUUCUUCACAACCGGUAAAAUUAUUAAAAAUUCUGGAGAAAUUUAAAAAUCGCGUUGAAGGCUCCAGAAUGGCUGGAAAUGGCGGAACUCGGCCUCAGAGGGUUUGUUGUGGACGAAAUACAUACAGCGAUUCGCGCAAAUUUCAAAAAUUUCCUCACAAACGGUAAAAAUUUGAUUUUUUUGGAUUUCUUAUUGCUAUGAAAAAAGGUGGUCAAAAAACCACUCUUGAGGUGUCCCUCCCAAAACCGACUCAAAUGUGGAUAAACUCGUUAAACAGAGAUCGAGUAUAACACACAACUCGAUUUUUAGCUGCCCAACUUCAUAUUCAUGCCUUCUGGAGCAAAUUCAAAAUUCUGGAGAAAUUGAAAAGUAGUGCUGGAGGCUCCAGAUCGGUAGGAAAUGGCGGAAUUCGGUUUCUGUAGGUUGGUUAUGGAAGAAAUACAGCGAUUUGCACAAAUUUCAAAAAUUUCCUCGCAAUCGUGAAACUUUUGGAUUUUUUUGGAUUUUUUAUUUGAAAAAAACUGGUCAAAAACCCACUCUUGAGAGUCUUGAGGUGUCCCUUCCAAAACCGACUCAAAUGUGGAUAAACUUGUUAAACAGAUCGAGUGUAACACACAACUCGAUUUUUAGCUGCUCAACUUCUUAUUCACGCCUUCUGGAGCUGGAGAAAUUUUAAAAUUCCGCUGGAGGCUCCAGAAUGGCUGGAAAUGGUGGAACUUGACUUCGGUGUGGGGGGGGGGGUUGUUUUGGACAAAAUACAGCGAUUCCUGCAAAUUUCAAAAAUUUCCUCGCAAACCCAACUUCUUAUUCACGCCUUCUGGAGCAAAUUAAAAAUUCUGGAGAAAUUGUAAAAUAGCGCUGGAGGCUCCAGAAUGGCUGGAAAUGGCGAAAUUUGGAUUUGGGGGGUUAAUAUCAGUUUUAGGAUUUAUUUUGAACAUUUUUACUGAUCAUGUACCUACGUACUUUUUAAAAAAAUGCAUAAAUCACAAAAAUAGUCAAUUUUGCAUUUCAAAAAUUCGCCAAAAAUCGAAAAAUGAACUUUGGCAGCUGAAAAUUUGGAUUUGGGAGUUUUAGAACAUGCUCUUUCCAAAAAUCGCGGUCCCGUUCAAAUCGUAGAUGGACACCUCAAGAGGCUCCCUUGUGAGUUGAAUAGUUUACUUGGGUACCAAUUUUUAUGGUAAUUUUAUGACCUUUUUUUAAAAUUUGAAAUUACUGUUAGCCUACCUAUAGGUAUUAUUAGUUCUUUCAAUUGUAUUGUAUUACCGAUAUUUUUAAACAUUUUAUGUAGGUAAGUAGGUUGUAACCUUAUGAAUGAGCUGUGUGAGUAAUUUUAUUCAUUGUUUGUUCAGGGUUGCUUAUUUGUGAUUAGCCGAAUCAACCUAAAAAAAUAUAAACAUGAUGUGAUUUUGUUUA